AUGUUGGAUUAUAGAUCUUAUGAUAUUAAAUAUAUUUUAUUAGUAUAUUGUCAUUUUAGAUUAAGUCAAUACUUUGACAUUUAUUUAAAUGAUGAACUAAUAAAUAUUGUUUCGGAAGAGGAUUCCUUGGAAAAUUUUUCAAGUGGAAAAGUUGAAUUUGUAUUUGUUGAAAAUAAAAUAAGAAAAAGAAAACUUCCAAAGAAUACUGGUUAUUGGAAACAAAAUGGUACUGAAACAUCUGUCCAAUGUUCUAAUUUACCAGAAAAUAUUGUUGGAACCAAAAGAACUUUAACUUUAACAAAUAAUCAAGAUGAUAAAAGAUUUAAACUCUGGGAAUAUUGUCUUCUUACUCAAAAUAAUCAAAUGGGAUAUUGUGUUUUAAUUCGUCAUUAUUUACGUGAUCAAGAUACUAGUAAAGUUCAAACUCAAAGAUACAUUUCUGGGAAUGUUAAAGUUAGUAUCAGACCAAAUCAAAAUAACCUUUAUUUCAACAAAUGUAAUUUUGUUAUCGACGAAAAGGAUUUUGAAGUUAUUGACUCAAUUCAUUACUUUUUAAAAGUUAAUAAUUUUUCAUUUGAUGAUGUUUAUUUCUAUGAUAAUUCAUAUCAAAAUGAAUCAAAUAAUAAUAAUAACAAUAAUAAUAAUAAUAAUAAUGGUAUUAUUGUAAUAAAUAAUAAUAAUAAUAAUAAUAAUAAUAAUAAUAAUAAUAAUAAUAAUAAUAAUAAUAAUAAUAAUAACAAUAAUAAUAAUAAUAAAAACAAUAGAAAUAAUAGAAAUAAUAAUAGUAAUAAUAUAAAUCAAUUAAUUUGUAUAAAUAAUGAAUAA